CCUCCUCCUGUAUGCAUCCUAGUUUGUCGAGGCGAUGCGAGAAAUGGCGAAGGGAAUAUCAAACGCCCAGAUCCGCAAUGUUCAAAAUUGCAUGUCUCGUCCGCUGAUGUCUUUGUACAUAUAUAAUCCUAAUAGGGGAGACUCGCCGCGAAUUUGAUCGUUUCCUUCCCGAGUUCCCAUCUUAGUAGCGAAAAAAAGAGUAUUAGUUGUCCAGUCCAAGCCAGGAAUAAUUCCUACAUACUCAACUUACGAGAUCACCUUACUCUAUUUUGUCAUAUACUUAGCUACGCCCCUUAGAUCAUAUUCUGCGGGCGCGGUGAUAAUGUCGUUUAAGAAACAUUCUCGCCAGUAUGACUUGGUGGUAUUUGGUGCAACUGGCUAUACUGGAUCAUUGUGCGCGGAACACAUCACGACUCACUUCCCAACGGAUCUGAAAUGGGCAGUAGCUGGCCGCUCCGCAGAAAAGCUGCAAGAUGUCGUCAGGAAAUGCAAGGCUCUUAACCCAAAUCGCCAAUCACCCGAGAUCGAGAUAUGUAACCUCAACGAUACAGACCUUGCAACAUUGGCCAAGAAGACAUUCUCAUUGAUUACGACGGUCGGGCCCUAUGCAAAGUACGGAGAGCAUGCUUUCAAAGCUUGCGCAGAAGCUGGGACGCAUUACUUCGAUGCGACGGGCGAGUGUGUUUGGCAUCAGAACAUGAUAAAGAAAUACGAAGCGCCUGCGAAAACUACAGGCGCUUGCCUGUUUCCCCAAACUGCCAUCGAAUCUGCCUUAUCAGACCUUGUAACUUUUUCGAUGGUAUCAGCAGCCCGCUCCGAAUUAUCAGCCCCCGUUAGCGAUGUUAUUGUCUCAGUGCAUGAACUACACGGCACGCCAUCGGGAGGCACGCUUCAUACAGUCUUGGGUCUCUUUGACAUAUUCCACUGGAAGGAGAUCGUCGGGUCUCAUAAGCCAUAUGCUCUGUCACCCAUCCCGAACUCAAAAGUGGCGCCCAAACCCUCAUUUCUGUCGAGAUUAACAGGCUUAAAUUCUAUACCUGAUCUUGGCCUCAUGGCGACGUCUGUGACUGCAGGGACAAACACGGCGGUUGUUCAGCGCAGUUGGGGCCUGUUUAAACAGGAGUCAUCGUUGCAGAAGUAUUUUCACGGACCAAAUUUCACAUACCGGGAGUAUAUGAGAGCUAGAAAUUACCUGGGAGGCAUAGCGAUGCAUUAUGGUCUUAUUGUCAGUGGACUGACGCUUAUGUUCUGCCCGCCAAUUCGAAAGAUGAUGCGCAAGUUUGUUUCCCAGCCCGGUGAAGGGCCGUCGAAGGAAGAACAAGCAAAAGAGUAUAUCCAGAUCCGGGGAGUGGCAACGCCGGACUCUGCAACAGAUAUCCAUAAGAAAAUCUGGUGCAAGGCUGAGUAUAGCGGCGGAAUGUAUUAUCUAACUGCGGUUCUUCUAAGCCAAGCUGCCUUGACGAUGUUACAAGACGACGUUGAUCUUAAAGGGGGUGUUUAUACACCCGCUUGUCUCGGUCAUGGAUAUGUUGACCGUUUGCAAGACGCCGGGUUUAAAAUCGAAACGAAGGUUAUUGACGCAUGAUGAAUUAUUCUCAACAUUUGCCUACCACCUUGGAGGAUGCGAGAGGCGUAUUUAUGCAUGAAUUAUGAUAUUCUAGUAAUGAGGAUGAAGGGAGUCAAGAUAUAGUUAUCAUAUAAUUCAGAGUUGAUAUAGGUGGGAAGGAGUCACCGGCAUUUAAGGUUGGCUGUUGGCAGGCUGGGUGAUCCCCGUGGACAUAAUGAGAGAAGAAGAUAGGACGACUCAGGUCAUAAUAGGUUUAUUUAUAUGUUCUUCUAUGUAUUUCUGAAGCAUUUUAUAUGUGAUAAUAUACACCGGAAU